AUGUCACUUGAUUCGAACAAACGACCUAAUCAUGAUAAUGGAUCUAUCCUCGAAAAUAUAUCUAAAUUAGGCAUUGCAUUAACAAAUGAGCUACUUAGACGUCAAAAAAAGGGGAACAAUCAUAAUCAACGUGAACGAGAACGUCGAAAAAAAAAGAAAGAUUCUAGUGAUUCAUCCAGUUCCAGCUCCAGCAGUGGAAGCAGUAGUUCUUCUUCAAGUGACAGUGAUGAGGAUUCUAAAAAAGACCUUGGUCGUAAUGGUUCUUGUCAUCGGCAUCAAUAUGAAUGUAAUUCCAGAUGUCAUCAUUGCUAUUGUAGUGGCUCGAGACAUUGCCAUCAAAGUGGUCCGAAAGAUCACGAUUCUUCCAGUAGCACAUCUAGAGAAUGUCAUGGUCGUCGAAAUGGUUCGAGAGAUUGUCAUUGUUCCAAUAAUGAGUCAAAAGAACGUCAUCAUCGUAGAAGUGGCUCAAGAAAUCGUUAUCACUCUAGCAGUGGUUCCAGAAGUCGACAUCGUCAUAUUGGUAACUCUGGAUAUAGUAAGCAUAAAAAGAAUCACUGA